AUGACAACGCUGGCCUUGCUACCCGUCGUCAUACCCGCGGGCUAUGUCCUGUACACGGGCUGGACUGUGUAUCGCACCACCACCUCGGUAUCUGGCACGCUUGUGCCUCGCCAAGCCACAUCCGCCUCAAAGACGUCGCAUCCAGCGGAACCGCACAGCCUCGCCGCCGAAGUUGGAGAGAAUCGGUGCCAGUGGGUUGUGACGUAUGAAAGAGUCGUCUCCGAGCCCUUACCGUUGCCAUGCCUCGACUAUCCACCGAAGGAAUCGCCACUGUCAUCAAAACCUGCAGCUCAGCCUUCAAGGCUGCUACAAGAAGUGUCAAGAAGUAUGCAAAAGGCUUUUCGCUGGACUCCUCAAGCAGCCAUUAUCCGUGGCGCGUUGUCAGAGCCACUGAACAGACGCAGCUUCGACACAGCAUGGAUUGACAAUCUGUGCUUCAAACCAGGCGACGUCGUGAACGGUGUAUACAAGGUGUCUUGUAGCACGACGGACCAGGCGACGGGAUCGGAGCGGGUAGAGCUUCUCAUUGACACCCCCCCGUCUUACAGAGGCCCCAGGGUUCGUGGUCUGAUCCUGGCUGCUAUAGAGCCCGCCUCUCCGUCCAUGAACUCCGAUGACAAGGGACCUGCCGGAGGCAGAAUUGUGAUUGUCAACGAGACGUGGAUGUGGCGGCUUGCAGAUGAAAAACCCACGCUGCUUGAAUCUUCAGUUGGGAGGUGGCUCCAUCGUCUGCUGGCUGGAUGGCUUGUUCUCAAGGGCGUUUCCGGCGCUUGCAGGAAAAGGGAGGAUGUUGUCCAUCUGCCGCCGGUCAUGUUUCGUCUGGCAGGCUGA